AGGCAAAUUUGCCGCUGUUCGCCGGGCGAUACACAAAAACUCUGGAGUUCAUUUUGCAGCGAAAUUUCUGAAACGGCGAAGACGUGCCCAAUCGUCCGAUAAAGAAAUCAAACAUGAAAUAGCCGUGCUCAUGCUGUGUAAUGAUGCCGAUAAUAUUGUCAAAUUAAAUGCUGUGCAUGAAUCACGUUCGGAUACAGCGCUUUUAUUAGAUUUAGCGACUGGCGGUGAACUACAAACAUUUCUGGACAACGAAGAGUGUCUGAACGAGGGCCAGGCACGCAUUUGCAUGCGUGAAGUACUUAAAGCAUUACAAUUUUUGCACAAACGAUCCAUUGUUCAUUUAGAUUUAAAACCACAAAAUAUACUUUUAAGCGGAGAACGUAUUGAAGAUGGUCUAAAAUUGUGUGAUUUUGGCAUUUCACGCGUUGUUACCGAGGGUACCAAUGUACGUGAAAUUGUCGGCACCCCCGAUUAUGUGGCCCCCGAAGUCCUACAGUAUGAACCCUUAUCCCUGGCCACCGACAUUUGGUCGGUGGGUGUUCUAACCUAUGUCCUGUUGACGGGUUUUUCACCGUUUGGCGGUGAAACCAAACAGGAAACCUUCCUUAAUAUAUCACAAUGUGCACUAACAUUUCCGGAUAAAUUAUUUGGAGGCGUCUCAUCGGCAGCCAUUGAUUUUAUGCGCAAAGCAUUGCGAAUAAAGCCAGGAGAUCGCAUGACUGCUGCAGGAUGUCUCGAACACAUUUGGCUUAAAGACGAAUGUAGCAUCGAUAGACAUAUUUUCAAUACUAAACUCAGCAAUAAGCAGCAAUUGGAACACGACGAUGAGGAAGAUGACGAAGUUGACGAUGAGGAGUUGGAUAGCGAUGAUCAUGCCGUAGCUGUCGAAGAAGAAGACAUCAUUGACAAUGUGUCAGCAGAGGAGCAGGAGCAGCAGCAGCAGCAAGUAGAUUUAGCCCACAAGAGCAUUGUUGAGGAUCAUCAUGAGGUAGUACAUGAAGAAAUUGGAAAUGUUAAAGAUAAACCCCAGGCAAUAAGUGUAGACAAUUCCGAAGAAGAAGAGGAAGUUGAUGAUGAUGAUGAUUUAUUGAACAACAGCAACACCACCACCACCACCACCAACACCAACACUAAUACCACCACUUAUCAGAAAUACAACAACACAAAUGGCCAUAGCAAUGGUUACACUACUUCAUCUAGCACAAUCAACUCAAGCACCUCCAACACCAAUGGCCAUGCCAGGAAUCAUUUAAAUGGUCAUCACAUCAAUGGUCAUGCAAAUGGCCUAACCAAUGGCCAUGCGUCCUCUUCAAAUGGUUUUGGCAAAAUUUCCGAUGACAAGACCUCAUCCCAGCUAGGCACAAAUGGCACAAUGUCAUCCUUUCUAAAGUCUCCCAAAUCGUUGGGCACAGCCACAGCCACAACAAAGACCACGGCGGUCCAUAAUGUGCCAGCAGCAACAAAAGCCAUUACCAUACCCCUAAGCAGUGUACAACAACACCAACAUUUUACAUCGUCAACAAUGUCAACAACACCGCCGCCGGACCAACAACAGUUUCUUCACAUACCAGCCAGACGCCAAUCGUCCGAUUCCAAUAAAGAAAACACCUUUCUGACCACCAAGAAAAUUUCACCCUCUACCAAUGGCAUUAGCAGCGGCAGCAGCGUAGGCGGCGUCGGUGGCAUUAAGAAACCCCAUUUAACAGUAAAACAACAGUCCAAUACCACAACCACAGCAACAAUUCUCAUCAAUCCCACAGCAAUGGGCAAUUCCUCUUCUAUGAUACCCUCUAAUAUUGUGGCCACCAUAACUUUACCCUCCCAUGCUUCCAUAGCAUGUCAGAAUUCCUCCACAUCCGCUUCCCUAAGUGUUGUUAGUCCAAAUACAGCUGCAACCACAACAGCAGCAACUACUAAUGGCACCACCAACAAUCAUAAUUCUUUUUUCCCAGAUGCUCCUACUACACCCAAAGUUAUACGCAAGGCACCAAAUUCGGACACAUCUCCCACCUCGGUUAAGGCUUUAGUGAAGAAAUUCCAAUUGGAGGGUGGCGAACAGCCCAUGAACCCACCAGAAUUUGCCACGAACGGUAGCAGCGGCGGCCUUAAGCCAACGGCCAUUGCUACGACGAACCACACCACAACGAUGAAAACAAACGAAACGAAAACGAAAUUCAUCAAUGGCAGACCAUCGUUGCAGAAUCCUCCGACACAGCAUUCAACGGCCAUUACCAUCAACAAUGCUUUGAGACGAGCCUCCGAGCCCAUAACGGCCAUACACAGCGUUAAGAAGUUGGGCAGUACAACAACAACAACAUCGGCUGGCCCUGUUUCUAUACCGCCACCGCUAUUGGCCAGCAGUAAUAAUUUAAAAACACAGUGUGUUUAUUGUAAUUCCUGUAAUGCAAUAACAAAUGCGGCUGGCAUUACAACAAUAACGGCAAACAAUGGAUGCAGGCAUCCCUCGUCCAAUGCAGGAGUAGGAGCAGCAGUAGCUGCAACAGUGACAACAAAUGCGGUACACAAGAACGGUGUUGCCUCGCCCUUUAGCCACAGUACCAAAUCAUUGAUCAAUGGAGGCGGCAGCAGCAGCAGCAAUGGUAGUCUUACCAGUUCCAGUAGCAAUGCCACCAACACCUCAACAACAUCAUCAAAUGCUUUACUAUUCAAUGGUGGUGGUUCCAACAGCAGCAACAACAACAACACCUCGUCCUCUCACCACUCCCAUCAUCAUCCGGGCCACCACCACCAUCACUCGCAUCACCAUCCGCCCCAUCAUCAUCUGCACCAUCACGGUGUGGUGAAGAGUGCUGGCGCUGCCACAAAUGGUUUGAGUCUAGAUCAGGGUAUUAUCUGUUAGCUAAGGGCCUCUAGGGCGCGAAGGAAUGCCAAAAGUUUCUUUCAUCGUUUCUUGUGUUGCAUGUAGUAUAGGGAGAACAAAACGAGCAUUAAUAAAAACCAUAAAAAUAGUAAUAUUAGUAGUUAUACGCAUUACUAUAGAAAUUAUUUAACGAAAAGAAAAAAGUAUUUUAGUUACUUUUUAUGUUGUACAGAUGGUGGCGGUGUAGCCUAUGAAGAAUUUGUUUAGAGUGAUUGGCCAGCAAAGAAAAAUAGGGAGUUUUCUAUUUAAUUUAGCAGAAAUAAUGAGAAGAAUGUGUAUUUGUAUUGUGGAGUAAGAAACGUAAUGAAGAAAGUUUGACAUUUGUCAUUCACUUUGUUUGGGUUAAGCCUUUUCUUAAUUUACAAUUUUUGUAAUCAUCCCCUCUUCGUCGGCUGAUACUGAAAUUAAAGUGGUGAUGGAUGUGCAAAAUUUUGGGGAUUUAUUAGCCAGUAUUUUAAAGUAGAGGGAAAUCAAAUUAGUUUUUUUACCUAAAAAUUGGGUAAAUCAGAAACCUUGCGGUUGACAGCAAAUUGGGGGGAGUUUUAAACCUGUCCAGCAUAUUAUGUGGAAACAUUUUAUUGAGGGAAAAUUUCAUUCUUUAAUAUCCUUUAUUAGGGAGGGAAAAGUUAAAUAAAAUCCAAAAUAGUUACCCAUGAAAAACAAAAUGAAAAAUAUUGGAAGAUUCAAAUGAGCUAAAACAAUACAAAUGAAAUGAAUACACAUCGAAGAUAUCAAUAUGUUAUGAGCAGCAUAUAAUUUAUAAACUGAAAAUAUAUGUACUACUAAAUUCCGGCAGAGAUUCAAAUUCUUCCCAUUCAAUUAAAACAAUAUCAUAUAUAUUUGAAAUCAGUUUUUUAUAUAUAUUCCAAGAGACCCAAUCUUCAUUUUAUGCAAAUGUAAAUUGAAUUCUAGACAUGAUACAAAUUAAUGAACACACAUCGAACCAAUAUCAACAUGUAAUGAAGAGCACAUAAUUAUAAAUUGGAAGUAAUUGGAUGCCUAGUAGAAAUUCAAAACCUUCCCAUUUAGUUAGAAAAAAUAUUUUAUAUUUAAAAUCUAUGUUUUUAGCAUAUUUUACGAAAAUGUAAAUUGAGUUAUUUAUCUAAAUUGGACCCCCAGCAUAAGAAUAUUAUUUUAAAAUCAAUAAUGCGUUCGCCGAAGUUAGGGUAUUUAAUUUGAUAUUUUCACUUUUAAAAUGUUUUGCUAAAGAUGACCAUUCUUUAAAGAAUCCUUUUGUGACUAAUUGAAAAAUUGUGUAGCAAUUACAACACUACAUGUGAAAUAUAUUGAUCUUAGAUCCACGAUAUCACAUAAAGAUCUUAGCUGAGUUAAGCUGUGUGUCCAUCCGUCGGUCCAUGUAAAUUUGUAAUCACGCUACAGGCACAAUUAUCGUUCUAUCCUCACAACAUUUUGCAUAUUUAGGGGAUGUAACGGAUGGACCAAAAACUUAAAAAUUUUCAAAUUUUUCAAUCGCUGUACAGCUCACAAUUUAAGACCAAUCAAGCAUUAGUUUAGAGUUUAGGACAGGGACGAAGUCUUGCAUUUUGGAUGGCCAUCAGAUACUAUUUAGCGGGUAAAGUAGACCUCAACUUUUGUGUGCAAAGAAUACCUAUCACUACAACAGAGAACAUAAAUAAAGGGCAAAUGUCACCGAUUAGGUCUGCAUGGCAACAUUGAAAAAACUACAAAAAUGGAUUUAGGUUCAAAUAGGUUUUUCAAUAUAUUUUAAAUCAAUUCUAAUUCUAAAUCUAAUGUUCUUGAUUCUCAUACUGCCCAUUACGUAAACAUUCCGAAUUUCUCAAAAUAUGCCAUAUAUUGUAAAACCGAAUCCGAGGGCCCAUUUCCUCCAUAACUUUUAUUUUGAAUUAAAAUGUUAAUUUGAAUCCAUUUUUAAAUCUGUCAAGUGUAGCGAUUUUAGGCUAUUUUGAAAACUUAUUAUUUCUUUCUAAAUCAAAGUUGAAUCUAUUUUGAAAAUAUAAACUAUUAUUUUAAAUAAAGUCUCUUAAAAUUUCAUAUCGUACUGUUCAUCACAUCUGUUACCAUAAGCCAUUGGAGCCUCGUGCUUCAAAAUGAAGUUAUUCAAAUUGUUUGAGACACAUCCGAUUUAUACGUCCGUGACAGUAAAAUGUUUUUUUAUUUCCUCAGAAUAUUUAUUCCAGACAUAAUCCAAAAAUAGGUGGGAGUCCUCCGAAAUGGUCAGUUUUUAGACAUAUAUCUUAGGCAUACAUUCAUGUAAAGAAGUUGGUUUUUUAAUAUUUACUCAAAAUAUAUAUUUCCAGACAUUGAACUUGGGCAGGACUUCUUUUCAAUUAAGCAUGUGCCAAGGGAUGCGAUUUGAUGGCAAAGUCAAAUAUGUUAGAUAUUUUUAUGUUGUACAAAUCUCCCUUGCUGAGUCAAAUUAUUUACUUUAAAAAUAGAAUGUGCAAGUUGUACUCCAAAAAUUUUAGAUUCGCAUAGGGCAAAUGAUUCUCUUCAAAAAAAAAUUCAAAAAAAUACAGGGUAUAUCAAAAAAAUGCGUAAAAUGUAAUUCGAAAUAAAAAAGCAGAUUUCCGAAAAUGGUUAGUUUUUAUGAUAGUUGUACCCCAAUGAUGUUCUGUUCAUGGAAUUUUGAAUUUAUAUUAAAUUUGGAAUUUAGCUAAUUUAAAGAAAGGAAAAAUUACCUUGAACUUGGCCAGGACUUCUUUUCAGGCAAACAUUUUCAAAAGGAUGAGAUUUGAGAUAUAGCCAAACAUGUUGUAUAAUUAAAUUGAUUGUGUGUUUAAAUUUGAUUUCAAUUACUGCGUAAAAUUAUUUACUUAAACAAUAUUGAUAUACAUAUUGAACUCCAUCGAUUUGAGAUGUGUAUAGGGCAAAGGAUAAUCUUCAAUAAAAAUUCAAAUAAUAUUGGGUAUACCAAACAUAAUUUUACAAAAAGGAAUUUGGAAAUAAAAAAGCAGCUUUCAAAAAAAUUUUAGUUGGUGUGGCAUUAGUGCCCCAAGAUAUGUCCUGUUCAUGGCAUUUUAAAAUUAAAUUCGGAAUUUAGCUGAUAUAAAGAAAGGGCAAAAUAACUUGAGCUUGGGCAGAACCUAUUUUUAGGCAAACAUUUUCUAAGGAUGAAAUUUGAUAGCAUGGUCAAAUAUGGCGUUAAAUUGGAUUGAAUGUGUGUACAAAUUUGAUUCCAAUUGGUAAAAUAUGUACUUAAAAUAAAGACAAGCAUUUUGAGCUCCAUCGAAAAAUUCCAAUGUAAUUCAAAAGCAACUCUCCCAAAAUAUUUAGUUAUUGGGACAUUAGUACCCCAAGGAUGUUCUGUUCAAGACAUUUUGAAAUCAAAUUAAAUUCAAAGUUUAGCUACAUAACAAACUUUAGCUGGUUAACUAAAGUAUAUACGAAAGAAAUAUAUAAGAAAAAUCCCCACUUACUUCCAAUACAAAUUACACUUCUGAAAUAAAUAAAAUAAAUAUCCCCAGGGCCAAAUUUUAAAGGUCAUUUCUAAACAAAUUUCUGCUCAUACAUAAAACAAAUGGUAAUGAAAAAGAAAAACAAAAACCCCUCUAAACAAGUUUUAGUUUAAAGUGUAAAAUAAUUAAAAUGAAUUAGUUAUUGAGAUAAUACAAGAAAGAAAAAAAAACAAAGGAAUACAAGCAAAGAAGAAAGAAAACCAGUAUGUACUUUAAAAUACUUUCUAUUUCUCUCUCCUCCCCCUGAUUGCAUCCCACCAACAUCCUCCCACAAAUUCCUUUCAUAUUUAGAAUAACAUAUCAAUCUAAAAAACAAAACAACAAUUUUAAUGUUUUAUUUUCCCACUUUCCUUGUGAUCACAAUUUCCCCAAAUUAAUCCCCCAUCCAAAAUUUCCUAAAGGUCUCUUAUUUGUGUGAUUUCAUCUAUAUAUUUUUUAUUAUAAUUAUAAAAUUAGUUUCAUUCUCUUCUAUAUAUUUUCAAUGUUUACUGCAUAAUUAAUUUUCGUCUUUUUUUAAGCUUAUCAAACAAAAAGAUUUACUAUAUAUUUUUGUCUUUAUUUUUUUUUUAAAUAUUAAAAAUAUUAUUAUUUGCUUUGGAGUAUGAUAAUUCUUUAUUUCAUUUAAACAAAAAUACCCUCCAUUUUUUUAAAUAUUGCUAUUUUUAAAAAAAAAUAAGUUUAUAUGUUGUACUGCUUAUGUUUUGUCAUGCAUUUGUUCAAUCGACAUAUGUCUACAAAGUAUUCCAAGUGGAGAACGACGGAAACUUUAUUAACAUUAUUUUGGGAAUUCUUAAUAAAAAAAUAAAUAUCGGAAGAAACAAAAAAUGGAAAC